CAUUCCUGUUGCACUUUCUUGUGCAAUGCGUUUUACUUUCUUUUAUAUGGUAGUUUUCCAUGAUAACUCGAUCAUUUUACCGUUACUGUGACACGGAUUCUAACUACAUAAAAGAGGCAUUGCAAACAUGGCGGUGAGAGCGAAAUUUGAAAACAGUAACGAAGUUGGGGUUUUCGCCAAGUUGACGAAUGCAUAUUGCCUCGUGGGAAUCGGUGCCUCGGAGAACUUCUAUAGUGUUUUUGAAGGUGAACUCUCAGAUGUAAUUCCUGUAAUUCGAACAUCAGUUGCAGGUGUAAGGAUUGUUGGGAGACUAUGUGUUGGUAAUAGAAAUGGUCUUCUUGUUCCAAAUACAACAACAGAUCAGGAACUUCAGCACAUUCGAAAUGCCUUGCCUGAUUCAGUGAAGAUACAGAGAGUGGAGGAGAGACUUUCAGCACUAGGAAAUGUAAUUGUUUGUAAUGACUAUGUUGCCCUUGUACACCCUGACUUAGACAGGGAGACUGAGGAAAUUUUAGCAGAUACUCUGAAGGUGGAGGUGUUUCGUCAAACUGUGGCAGGGAAUGUUUUAGUUGGAAGCUACUGUGCUCUUAGUAAUAAUGGUGGGCUAGUUCAUCCUAGAACACCUGUUGAAGAUCAAGAUGAGUUGUCAUCACUGUUGCAAGUCCCUCUGGUGGCUGGGACAGUCAACAGAGGAAGUGAUGUUGUUGGAGCAGGAAUGGUUGUAAAUGACUGGGUAUCAUUUUGUGGACUGGACACUACAAGUACUGAACUGUCUGUGAUAGAAAGUGUGUUCAAAUUAGGAGAUGCUCAACCUUCAGCUAUUACCAGCAGUAUGAGAGCAUCGCUGUUUGAGAGCAUGACAUAAGUUGAAGGAAAAUUGAAGCAUAUUGAAGCACAUCAUAUUUGUACAAUCAACUUCUUAUCUGGAUAUGUUCAGGAUAAGUUCCUAUUGAAUGACUCAAAUAAGUUUCCAACCUCUUGAAGAUCUGCAUCAAGGAAGUGGUUCCUGAAGAGAUGUCUUGAUCACCUGAGGAUUUUAUGUACCGAUCCCCCCCCUCUACCCUAUAAAGGUCUCUCCCCUAGUAAGCUCUCACAAGAAAGUAAACUCUGGCUCAGUGGCUGGAGCAACAAAAGGAAAGGAGUACCAGAUAAGUCUUCUCCCUGAUCAAGUAAUAACAUAAUGCCAACUAUGAGGGAAUUGACUGUAUAAAUGGUGUAAUUAUCAUAUCAAAUGUGCCAAUCAUGGAGAAUGAAAUGACUCGUAUCCUACCUAUAUCAGUGGUUAAUUGCAUAUCAGCCGUAUGUCUUGUCCUGUACAGAUAUUUUUCAAACAACUGAGAAGGCGUCAGUGUAAUAAAAACAUGGUUGUAAUCGCGCCAUAUUUUUUGUCCAACAAGUAGCUUUGUGGCUCACUUUGUAGUAAAUUUAUGGUAAAGUGCCAAGGAAGUCUCUAACCUAUUCCUGUGUUUAAUUCUCCUUUGACAAGCUUUUUCUGAGCCCAAUAAACAAAUAUUUCUUUUAUCAAGUGCA